UUAUUACUGAAGUAAAAAGUAGCCAACUAUGUUUACACGGCUUUGCUAAAUACAAGCCAUCGAAUGAAAUGUCUUAUACCAUUCAAUGGAAAUAUUUUUUUCCUAUAAACGAACAGCUCCAAAUAAUCACGACUGGUAACAUCGUAUAUUUUUCAGGAAAAUUUGUAGUUGAAAAUUCUGAACAGUGUCUCAUCGUAGCAUCUGCAAACAUUCUUGAUGCUGGAUAUUCAAAUCAUGAAUUUAGUAUCGCCAACAUUCCUUCAUGUAUCCUGCACUGUAUGCUUUCUGCAUUCGUUACUCAUACUCCCCAAAAAGUUAAUGAUUUUAUCCAUUUCGGUAUGGAAUGUUUGGAAUAUAAUACUAUUACCAGUACAUCAAAUGUCAAGAUGAAGAUAACUGUUCUUUACCCUUCCACUCAAUAA